AGUCAUUCGAAAUUGUACUUUCACUUUGGAAAGAAGUCUGAAUUUUUGUAGAGCUCAAAAUAUACGUAAAAAGUCGAAAAAAUGCCACGCAGACAAAGGAGCGCUUCUGCCAAGCCCAGCACCACCAACCGUUUGCCAGUGAUGCUGCCCUCCACCCGGAGUUCGGAGAUGAUCUUCAAGGAUGUGGCCGCCCAUGCUGCAGGCGUGGCAGCAGGAUCAGUUGUCGGUCACGCGAUUGGCACUGGGAUAACCGGAUUGUUCAGGGGGCGAGGUCAGCAGCCACACCACAGUGACUUGGUUGAGGAAGGUCCUUGCGCCACGGAAAUGAAGCAGUUCCUCAAGUGCCUCGAGGAUAAAGACGAUCUCAAUGCGUGCAAGGAGUUCAACGAUGCUAUGCGACGUUGCCAUCGCCAGCAUAAUAUUUAGAAAGCAAAAAUCUCGUUCCGGUUUUAAGAGAAGAACUCAUUUUGUAAAAUUUGAAAGUUUUCCUAAGCCUCCUGACCUAUUAAAUAUUAAUCUUUGA